AUGAGAGGUAUACAAGGUGCUAUAAUCAUAACCGCAUGUUUUCAGAUAUUAAUUGGUUUCCUAGGCUUGUGGAGAAAUGUUGUAAGGUUUCUUAGUCCUCUUUCUGUUGUCCCAGUCGUAACUUUCGCUGGAAUUGGGCUCUAUCAUCUUGGUUUCCCCACGCUCGCAAAAUGUGUUGAAGUUGGGCUUCCUGAGUUGAUCAUCUUCAUUUUCAUCUCACAGUAUCUUCCUCGUUAUAUGAAAGCAAAAACACACAGAUGUGAUAGAUUUUCAUUGCUGUUCUCCGUCUCAAUUGGAUGGUUAUAUGCACUGUUUUUAACAUCAACUGGCGUGUACAACAAGAAACCACCCAACACUCAAAUUAGUUGUCGCACUGAUCGCUCUGGGCUUAUCCGUACAGCUCCUUG